AUGUCUAAAAAACAUAAUAAUAACAGUGUAGUUGAUACAACUUCAUCAGAUUCUUCGCAUAAACAACCAAUAAAAAAUCUGGGUUUUGGCGAGAUUACUAUAACAUUUUCACCAUUAAAAGCCAUAUCACUUUUAAUGAUCAUUAUUUCAGCAUUAUAUGGCUUGGAUGUAUAUAGAGACAACAAAUCAGUAUGUGACUUUGUAGUUGAAGUUAAUGAUGACAAGUAUGGAUGGCUUCCUGUUCCUGAACAUUCAAGUUCUGCCCUUGCAAGAUAUAAACAUUUGGAUAAUGGAGCAUUUGUUUAUCGACACAUCUACAUGGACGAAUUUCAAAAAGAAUUCAACGUUCAACCCAUUCAUUAUCCAGUGUAUGAUGUUGAACUUGCGAAAUAUUUAGAGAAACAUGAUCUAGUAAAUAGACUAAGAGCUAAUGAAACAAUUGAUCAAAAUGUUAUUACAAAUAUUUUAAGGGAAUCAGAAAGAUAUGCACCGUUUCUUGCCAAUAUUAAAGCAAAAGUUGAGAAGGGGACUUUUGUUGAUGAUGAGAGUGUUUAUGUUCGAUGGGUUAAUGACGAUGUAAGAUAUGGAAUGUUUGCUGCAAAAGAUUUCGUACCAAGAGAUUUCAUUGGAGUUUAUGCUGGCAUGAUAACUCAUCGUCUUACUGAUCUUGAAUAUGCGUGGGAAUUCAAUUAUCUUGUAGAUAUAAAUGAUGAGAAUGGUCAAAGGAUUAGAGCUUGUAUUGAUGCUAAAUAUUAUGGAAAUUAUUUGAGAUUCUCAAAUCAUCGUGACAACAAUCAAAAUGCAGGACAAUUAUACGUUGCUUAUAAUGAUAUCUGGAAUGUAGUAUAUCUUGCGCAAUCCUAUAUUAAACCUCACGAACAAAUCUUUGUUAAUUAUGGUCAAGGAUAUUGGGAAAACAAGAAAAAAUAUGAUUUAUAA